AAUCAGAAUGGGUCAGAUAUGGCACCGCAUUCUACCCUCGUCUUCCAAUAGGUUCCGCGGAGACCGGAAGCAACGGUUAUCGGAUACCCAAAUAGUAUGGUACCAAGAUUAUGGAUGGAUAUCAAUUGGUUUUACAGUAGCACAAGAUCUAUGGAGAGCCUGAGAGAGAGAAGUGGUCCUUAUCGGUACCGGCUUUCCCAGGAUCACAACACACCAGCAUCUUAUGAUGCUGCCUUGAACAAGACACGCCGGAGAAACCGAUUGCGGAUCCCCCCAAUUAAUUACUCCUCGGUACUCACCGUACGGCGUAUAUGCUGGACCAUUGAAGCUGCAGCACAUCAUGCGACGCCGAUAAGUCACUAACUACUGGGAGCAAUUCUCAAGCAGGAAGGUGAUUAUAUACUUCAGGCAUCAUGAUCGCCUGAUAUAUAGAGUUGUUGUACAACGCCGGGUAGGAAUGAUUGACGGUUGAUCGCGUGAACACAUGACUUGGAUGCGACGCACGUAGAGAUCAUUCCAUUAUCAUCUAAUUGGAAUUAUGGCGAUACCCAAAAUAUGGGCAUUGCCAGUUAAGCUCGCUCGAGAUCAUGCUGGCCUUGGUGGACUGAUACGAUAAAGUUCAGGCGAACCAAUAGUGCAGCGCCUAGUGUGGAUGAGGGUUCGAAUCCAUCCAGAGAAUGGAAGUGGG